AUGGGCUCUGCAAAUAUUCCUCCAAAUGAUCCGAAAGCCCCGCGGUGGCUUCUGGACCUGAAAGAAUGGAAAACUUUCCCCUUCAGCGAAAUUCCGCGCGACAUCCUAGACAUCCAAGGCUAUGGGAUUGUGUCCUACACCUGGGGAUACAUCAAGGAAACUAAACCUGCUUCAGACCCUCCUGACGGCCUUCUCUGGGAUAAUUCAGGUGUGAAACUAUGGGACCUAUCAACUGCAAGACGGGUAAUGGGGACAAUGGGCUGUCGAUAUGUUUGGUCGGACUGGAUAAAAAGCAUUGUCUGGUUACAUUCAACUUCAUGGGGAGGGGAGUCGCCCCUCGAGGUGCUUGUUAGUUUAAAAUCACCCGAUGCCGACAACUGUGUUCCAGCAGAUAUAAAGAGGCAUGUCGAUCAAGUGAAACAUGAUCUGGAAGCUGCUCGCAUAAAGGAAUAUUGGUUGUGCUCAGGCCGGACUUUACAAGAAGGCGUGCUACUACACGAGACCGACCUUAUUGACCACAAUGGAAAAACUCUCCCUGGCAUUGAUUUCUGGAUGACCGACCAAGCUACUGUCUCGGAUUUGACCGUUCCCAUCACAAAACUAGCCACGGAGCUGGCCUUGGGAUACUUUAUCAAAACACGAGCCUGA